AAAACUAUGCAUUUGGUCGUGUCCUCUUACUUGUUCCUCCAUUUCCUAUAAAUUAAAGCGUCAUAUAUAAUCAGACGACUCAACUAAGCCCUUCUCUCUCUCUCUCUCUUUGUUUUCCCUUAUAAAUUACACUAUAUACUCAUCAUCGUUUUGUUCAACUACUAAUUAAUAUGGCGGACGCUUCCUACAGCCACCCUUUGUUUAGCUGCAGGAAUUGCCGGAAUCCGAUUGCUCUUCGAGAUGAUCUUCUCUCUAAACGUUUUGUGGCAAAAUCAGGAGGAGCAUACCUUUUCAAGCAUGCAAUGAAUAUAGUGGUGGGGAAAAAGGAAGAUAGGCAACUAAUGACGGGUUACUUCAGCGUUGCUGAUAUAUUCUGCAGCAAGUGUGGGGAGGAGUUGGGUUGGAAGUAUGUUAAAGCUUAUGAUCCUUCCCAAAAGUACAAGGAAGGCCGUUUCAUUCUCGAGACUGCCAAAAUUCUCAAAGAAUAUUAAUUGAUGAUCACUACUCAUUUGUAGAUUAAUAAAAUUUCUGGCCAUGUAAAUAUUGAUGUUAUUUAAAACCUACGUUUAAUCUUUUUUUUUGUCAUGCUACAGUACUAUACGUACUGAUCUGUAAAAUUUGGGUAACUUUUUAUAUACAAGAAGCAGUUUCUCUAA